UCACGUGAAUAACUAGGUGGAUAACUCGAGGUCAAAAUUGAUAGGGUGGAUUAUGUGAAUAACUCAAAUAACAGUAUACAUGUGCAGGGUUACGCUAAAUGGUACUAAAUACUCUUAAAGCUUAAUUAUUGAACACUGCAAAUCUACAAGCCUACUUAGUUGGUGGAAUGUCAAGCAAUGUUUCAACACCUCAAAGAUCAACUAGUUGAGCUGCGACAAUGUCUCAAGGCACUGCCAAUGGUCAUUCCUGUUCCACCGGCAACAGAAUCCAAGUACAAGUCCUCCAACUUCAGCCCAGAUGCUGAAUGGACUAUAGACAUCGGCAAGGCUGGUGCUGUCAACCGAGAGUUAGAAGUUAGGUUUGGUAAUCAUGUCAAUGGCCUGAAAUUUGUAGAGCAAGGUCCAGAAACAGAGGCCAUAGUGGAUGUUUUGGAAACAUGGAUCGAAAAAUGUCCAGGUGACAUCAUCCUCAAGAAGUGGGUGCAUGACAUCCUCGAAGCUGCGCAAAGUGUCAUUCUCGCUGCUGGAAAAGCUGUAAAUUACAUUUACUUCACACUUCAGAAAAACUCAUCACUGACGCACCAUACAGUUACCGAAGUAUUUGCAUCAGUCAAAUGACGAUCCAGACAUAGAGCUUGUGAGCUCCCCAAUUAAAAAAGCCAAGGCAUUGAAGAAGAAAAAGAUCAAGAUUGUCAAGUCCAACAUGUCUGUCAUGCACCU